AUGGAUCCACUCAAAGAGCAGAAACAAGAAGUGGAGAUUCUCAAAAGCAUCUAUCCGGAUGAAUUGGAACUUAUAUCUGGAAAAGAAUUUACAAUCAAUCUAUUAUUGGAUGUUAGUAGUGAGCGGAAACACGCAGUAAAAUUACACAUUAGAUAUCCAGCGGCAUACCCCGAGGUGGCUCCUGAAUUGUGGGUUACCGAAGGAGAGAUAGGAAUCGAUGGCGAUGACGAUGAUGGUGAAAACUAUAACAGCGAAGACGGGGAUGAUGAUAGCGAUGAUCAGGAGACAGUCGAGCUAAAAGACUCUCAAAGAGCAGUCAAUUUGAUAGAGACCAUAGACCUUGGUAAGAACGAUUAUAGCCAACUCGCGGAGAAGCUUGACAAAGAGGCCAAGUUGAACAUCGGAAUGCCGAGUGCAUUCACGUUGGCUUCCGUAUUAAAGGACGAAGCAGAGCAGUUAUUUAACGACAAAGUGGAGCAAGAAGCCCAGAAGCUUGAAAACCUCCGUGUGGUGAGAGAAAAGAAAGAGCAGAGAAAGUUUGUCGGUACAAAAGUCACAGAUGAGAGCUUCAGUAAGUGGAGAGCCAAAAUCCGUGAAGAAAUGGGAUACGACGGAAGGAUGAAGAAAAGAUUCCAAGAGAUUCAUCAGGGCAAACUCACCGGUAAAGAAAUCUUCGAAAGAGGUCUUGCGGGUGAGGAAGAUGCAAGCACUGCUACUGUAAAUGAAGUAGCUGAAGGUGUUGACAAGGUAAUUAUAUAA